CAAUCAACAUUUCUAAUAAUUAAAAUUCAAUUCAAAAUUCUAAUCAAUUUCAAAUCAAUCAUAGAGCAUUCGAGAAAUACUUUAUGAUGUUACAGAAGCUUUGAUUUGUAGUAUAAUUUAAUCAACAGUACUUCACAACUCAAAAUGAAAUUUGCUUUCUUAUUCAUAAUUCAUAUCAUUGAUUGAAGUUGAACAUUUCUUUUACAAGUUACAAACCGGUUCAUGAAGAAUAGAGAAACUUGAAAAAACCGGUUCAAUUUUCUCCAAACCACUAUAACAACCAUCGAUCUAUUUUUCAUACAUAAAAAUCUACGGCCAAAAAUGCUCCUCAAUGUUCAGAGAAUUGUAGAAGAAAAAUUCAUUACUCUACUACGUUCAUGUAAAACCUGCGAACGCCUCCACCAGAUUCAAGCCCAAAUAGUAACCAAUGGACUCGAACACAACGAUUUCGUUGCACCGAGUUCCAUCGCAGCGUGUUCACGACUCAAACGAAUGCACCAUGCACGAAAACUGUUCGAUAAAAUUCCUCAACCAAAUACUGCUACAUGGAACGCUAUGUUUAGAGGGUACUCCCAAAACGAACAUUACCGUGACGCUGUGCUUUUGUUCCGUGAACUAAACCGUGCAGCGGCGUUGCCGAAUUGUUUUACUUUUCCGAUGAUUAUUAAGUCGUGUGUGAAAUUGAAAGAUGUUAUUGAAGGUGAAGAGGUUCAUUGUUGUGCUGUUAAACGUGGGUUUAAGUCGAAUUCAUUUGUGGCGACUUCGUUGAUUGAUAUGUAUUCGAUUAAGGGUUUGAUUGAAGAUGCUUAUAAAGUGUUUGGUGAAAUGCGUGAGAGAAAUGUUGUUGUUUGGACUGCUAUUAUAAAUGGUUAUAUUGCUUGUGGUGAUGUGGCUUCUGGUAGAAGGCUUUUUGAUCUAGCGCCUGAGCGUGAUGUUGUGAUGUGGAGCAUUGUAAUUUCGGGUUAUAUUGAGUUGAAGAAUAUGGUUGUCGCGAGAGAGCUUUUUGAUAAGAUGCCGAAUCGUGACACGAUGUCGUGGAAUGCUAUGUUAAAUGGUUAUGCUGCUAAUGGGGAUGUUGAAUUGUUUGAGAAGCUGUUUGGUGAAAUGCCGGAGAGAAAUGUUUAUUCUUGGAAUGGACUAAUUGGUGGUUAUGUUAAGAACGGUCUUUUUUCUGAUGCAUUGGAGUCGUUUAAACGCAUGUUGGUUGAGGGUCAUGUGGUUCCUAACGAUUUCACGCUUGUCGCGGUGUUGUCUGCGUGUUCCAGACUGGGAGCACUUGAUAUGGGUAAGUGGGUGCAUGUGUAUGCAGAGAGUAUUGGGUAUAAAGGAAACAUGUUUGUUGGGAAUGCUUUGAUUGAUAUGUAUGCGAAAUGUGGUGUUAUUGAAAACGCGGUUGUCGUGUUUAAUGGUUUGGAUAGAAAGGAUAUAAUUAGUUGGAACACUAUUAUUAAUGGAUUAGCUAUCCAUGGACAUGCGCCUGAUGCAUUAAGUAUGUUUGAUAGGAUGAAGAGUGAAGGAGAAGAACCGGACGGGAUUACUUUUGUUGGGAUAUUGUCUGCUUGUACUCAUAUGGGUUUGGUUAAAGAUGGGUUUUUGUAUUUCAAAUCAAUGGUUGAUCAUUAUUCGAUUGUCCCUCAAAUUGAGCAUUAUGGGUGUAUGGUUGAUUUGCUUGGAAGAGCUGGUCUUUUAGAUAAAGCUUUGAGUUUUAUAAGAAAUAUGCCGAUGGAACCUGAUGCGGUUAUUUGGGCUGCUUUACUUGGAGCAUGUAGGAUAUACAAAAAUGUUGAGAUAGCUGAACUGGCCCUACAGAAGCUUAUUGAACUUGAACCAAAAAACCCCGCAAAUUUUGUGAUGCUUUCGAACAUAUAUAAGGAUCUGGGAAGGUGGGAAGAUGUUGCCCGAUUGAAGAUUGCAAUGAGAGACACAGGGUUUAGGAAAUUGCCAGGAUGUAGUGUUAUUGAGUGUAAUGAUAGUGUGGUGGAAUUCUAUUCUUUGGAUGAAAGACAUUCAGAGACAGAAAGUAUAUAUAGGAUAUUGAAAGGAUUGACAAUGUUGUUGAGAUCACAUGGAUAUGUUCCAAAUCUCACGGAUGUUACUUGAGGAAUCUGAAUGAUAGGAGAGCUAUUAUGAGUGAGUGUAAUCAAUUUUAGUGUAAAUCAGAUAACCUCCAUGUGCAACUACUAUAUGGACUAAUCUCUUGAGUCGGAUUGGACUACAGUGGGUGGCUUUAAUGAUGCUUCAUUCUCAGGAUUGAAUUCGAACUCAAAACCUAUCUGAUUAAGCUGGAAGAGAUCCGAAUCAUUUCAUCAAAGUGCCUUUGGGUUGAAGAAUCAAUUUUUUAUGAAGCGGCUCACCAUCCAAAACCAAAAGGUGGCAUGUGAUUCAUUAAGGUGAACUAAUAUCCAUAGUAGUCCACUUCCUCGUAGGGAACUACCUAUUGUCCUUCUUUCUUGUGGUGGAACCUGGGAUUCACCCUCCCAGAAGUGAUUAUCGCCAAAAGAAACAAAAAAAAAGACAUCUUGAAUUUCCCACAAGAGUAAAACUAUAAUAGUAUCCGACUCAUAUGGCGGCGGGGGCUGCGUUCCCCUCUCUUUCUGCUGGAUGGGGAGUGCAUCGGUCGGCUAUGUCCCUGGACCUCCUGGCUUCCCUGUCAUGUUUGAACAAAUGUCAAUAUGAAGAAAUGGAGGAAGAAGAUGAAGAAAUGAGAGGGAAUGGAGGAAGAAGAUGAAGAAAUUGAAACAAAAAUUUGUUGGUGAUGGUGCCCUCUUAGAUCUGGUGGACAUGGUUGUUUUUCUUUCAAAAAGAUCCAAUGGUUAAGAUUAAAAAAUAUAUUGUGGUAUAUGGUGGUCCACCUUCAAUGUUGGUCCACCUAUAACUGGUCAUGGCUAAAAACAUGACGCGGAAGAUAAAUUCCAACAUUUGGAAUGGUUUGUCCUUGUGACUUAUUUAUUGUAAUUGCAAAACUUAGUCUCACAAGAAGCUGUUUUGUACUAACUACAAAGGGAAGACCUGAAUUCGCUAAUGUUUUUAUUUUAAUUCUUGGCAAAAAAAGCUCUUUUUUCAGCGUUGUUUCCUAUUAUGCUCUCGACAUCCACGACAUAAUAAUCGUGUUCCGUUACAUAGGCCAUAUCUAGGGUCAAGAUUCCGCAACAACAUCAGUGGUGCAUUCAACUUUUGGACGUAUCACUUUUAGGUGUAAGUAUGGCUCUUUGUGUCAUAUACGAUGCAUCCCAACCAUGCAAUUCUAAUUGGGGGAAGAUAUGGUCGAUAAGAAUUUGUAUAGAACGUUCUCCUUCCCAUGGUAUUGCAAUCUGGGGAGGUAUCUUCACCAUAUCAUCAGGUAUGGUAGGUUCAACUUCAUCACCAAUACGCAUAAGAAAUGCUGCAAACUCAUGAUCGAUGCCUUCUGACGCAAAUGUAGAUUGAAAAUCAUUGACCAUAUUCUUGUUCAAAAAAAAAAAUCAUUGACCAUAUUAGUCCAUUUGGGUUGUUCAAUUUAUCCUUGACAUUGUCUCAAAGGGACGAGUGUGAUCAAGAAAUAUCAAUUUGAGAUAUCAUUUUAAAAUUUCCUUAACUUGAAUAACCAAAAU